GCAAAGGAGAACCCACUGAAAACACUUCUUGAAAUUAUUACUAACUACUUCCUUGAGCAUCGUGGGACCUCCAGAAGUAUCAGUUCAAGUUCUGCUCUGUCAGCUUCUGAAAGUAAGAGCUCAGCAUCUCAUCCACCUGACUUCUCGGAUGAAGAUUGUGUGCAUGGGAGUGCUGCUAUGCUUGAUGAAAGUCAAACGCAAGCCUACAGACAUGAUGUUAAGAAUCCACUAGAUAAAAUCCUUCCAUCCAGAAAACAUCAACACAAAAGUGAAAAAUGCCACACAGGGACAAUACACAACAGCCACUUACCCUCUGAUGGGGAUAAGAAGUUAAAAGAUAGUCGAGAAGAUUUAAAAGCAGCAACGAUUUCUGAGGAGAUGAAGUCUGCAGUGAAAGAGAAGCCAAAGCCCAGAUCUGGUCUCAUUGUCAAGGGAAUGAUGGCUGGACCAGUAGCAAGUUCACCAGAGGAGCUGCAAAAAAGGAGGCUUUCAAAACACUCCACUAGCAUAAGCAGUUCAGCACAGUUCAAGGGUGAAGAUGAAGAAAGUGACCUGAAUGUCCCAAGUACUGAUUUUCAAGACAGCAAAGGAUCUUCAACACAAGUAAAUACGGAGUUUGCAUCAAAGACUAUCUCAACCUCACACGCAAGUUCAACCUUUGAAAACCUAAGAAACAUCCCCAAAGAUACAGGUGACUCUGUUGUCAAAUUACUCUCUGAAAGAGAGAAGACCAAGACAGAAGAAAGAAAGUCAGUUCCAAGUUUUGGUACAGACAGCAAUGAAAAAAGCCUUAAAGUGAGUGCCCCUCACAGACAUUCAGGGUCUGGAAGAGAGAAGAGAGAAAGAUCCCUCAAGAAAAAUGAGAGUCGAUUGUCAGGCCACAG